GAAUUUCUAUGUAUGGAGCAAUCCGUGUCUUCUAGAUAGCCGGUGAUUUGAGAUUGAGCAACAGUCAUCGUCGAACCUUCGAGAGAACAACACGCAGUCUGAUAUAAAAGAACGACCAACAUGAAGUACCUAUUGCUUGUGGCAUCCUGUUUUUGUGUGGCAUACUGCGCCAACACGAUGUGCUGGACCGUGGAUCAGAUAGCGGACCAGAUCCUCCUGGAGACGGACCACAACAAGGACGGUGUGCUCCAGAUGUCCGAGUUGACGGACGAGAUCUUGACAUGGGGAGUCAACAACGCAUCUUGUCUGACGUUCCACGCGUUCACGACGUAUUGGGUGGCACACUAUCACGACCACCACGACACUGCGCAUAGGUUCUUCUCGAAUCUCGAUCAAAAUGGCGACGAGCAUCUGUGCCUGCUGGACAUAGCCGUGCAAAUCGUGACCUACGAUAACCAUCCCACUGACGGGCAGGUCCAGCCAGCUGAGUUCAAGGCAUUCUUGCACGCAGUACAUCCGGACUCCCAUCAGAACGGGGGACACGGCCAUGGCUGCCAGUGAUUCGCCCCGCCCCUUUCAACAGGUGACGUGUGCUUUCACGUGCAACGUUGCCAUGUGACGCCAUAUGUCUUUUCUAUUUAAAAUCGGUGUUUUUUUGUUCUCCUCGUGGAUGAAACAUUUGAUGAGCAAUUUAAAACAA